AUGAAAAGAUUAGAUGACUAUGAACCAGGUCCAGUUCCUUCACCAAGAUCAUUAGAUAGAUUUGGGUUUGUAAAACAGGAUGUUACACCUGAUGGCUUAGUCAAAAGUAGAUCAGCCUAUGAGUAUGAAAGAUAUAGGGAGGAGAGAAGGGUCAGAAAAUGGAGGAAGAUGAUUGGGGUUGGCGGCAGUGACUGGAAGCAUUAUCUAAGGAGGAAACCUCAUGUUGUUAAAAGGCGUAUAAGGAAAGGAAUUCCAGAUUGUUUAAGGGGUCUUGUUUGGCAGUUGAUAUCUGGAAGUCGAGACCUAUUGCUGAUGAACCCUGGAGUUUAUGAGCAACUUGUCAUAUACGAGACAUCAGCCUCUGAACUGGAUAUAAUUAGAGAUAUUUCUCGGACCUUCCCUUCACAUGUAUUCUUCCAACAGAGACAUGGACCUGGGCAGCGGUCCCUAUACAAUGUUCUAAAAGCUUACUCUGUCUUUGACAGAGAUGUUGGAUAUGUUCAGGGAAUGGGGUUUUUAGCAGGACUUUUGCUUCUUUAUAUGAGUGAGGAGGAUGCAUUUUGGUUGUUGGUGGCAUUGUUGAAAGGAGCCGUUCAUGCCCCAAUGGAGGGCUUGUAUCUGGCAGGAUUGCCUCUGGUACAGCAAUACCUAUCUCAAUUUGAAUGCUUGGUGAGGGAGAAUCUACCGAAGUUGGGUGAACAUUUUUCCAACGAAAUGAUAAAUCCUAGCAUGUAUGCUAGCCAGUGGUUCAUAACUGUAUUUUCAUAUUCCUUUCCAUUUCAUUUGGCUCUUCGAAUUUGGGAUGUCUUUCUCUAUGAGGUCAGUGCUUUCCAUCUGAACAACCAUAUAUUGAGUUGGCUUGGCCCUAUUAAAGUUAAACUACCUUUUGAAAAACUCAUACAUGCUUUGAAAAACUUCCCUGAGAAUGCAAUGAAUCCAGAUACGUUGUUACCACUUGCUUAUUCCAUCAAGAUAUCCAAGCGUUUGGAGGAGUUGAACCAAGAGUACGAGAAGAAGAAUGGAAAGAUAAGACGAUGUGGAGACUUUUCUGAAAAUCCAAUCACUUCCUAG